AUGUCUGGUUUAGGAGGCGGCUUCGCCGAAAAUUUCGCCCGUGAAACAUGGGCUUUAUAUGCCGUCGGCGUACUAAGCGCUGCCUUGCGAUUCUUCGCUCGUGUCCGACGUCUAGGCAUUGGCAAUCUCCAAGUCGAUGACUAUCUCAUGCUCUUCGCAACCGUCUGGUACACAAUAUUAUGCGUCUCUUUAAAUCAAGUCGCCUCCGGUGGAGGGUCAAACUUGAUGACCGCGGAGGAUAUAGCAAACCUCACGGAUGAGACCUCUGACGAACGAGUGCGCGGUAGCAAGUGGGUCUUUGUGUCAGAACAUUCAUUCAUUCUCUGCGUCUGGAGCCUGAAAGCAUGCAUGCUAGUAAUCUAUGCUCGCAUCACGGAAGGAUUGAAACAGAAACGCUGGAUCAACUAUGUCUCUAUCUACGUCGGACUCGGCUUUGUCGCAACCGAACUAUCACUCUUUUUAAUAUGUCGCCCAUUAACAGAUUACUGGGCCGUCCCAACGGACAACCCCCAAUGCUCGUCUUACCAGUACUAUGAAAUCGUGCAAGGCUGCAUCUCUAUUUCCGCCGACGUAUUCAUGCUCCUCAUCGCCAUCCCGAUGCUGAUGCAAGUCCGCGUCCCACUGAAGCAAAAGCUUAUCCUGAUGAUUCUCUUCGGCAUGGGAAUCUUCGUCAUCGUCGCCGCCGUUCUCAACAAAGUCUACUGUCUCGUCGAGUCUCUAAUCUCAUACGUCUACAUGAACUGGUACUUCCGCGAAGCCACUGUCGCCAUCUUGGUCACCAACCUACCACUAGUCUGGUCUCUGCUCCGCGACGUCUUCCCCGUCCUCAGAAGCUGGAGCGGAGGUUCCAAGCGCGGCGGCACUGACCGCUACAAGUCCAACGCCUGGACAAGCAAGGGAGGAUCCAAUCUGCCUCCCUACGGCCCAUCGAGCCAUCUUCACUCCGCAGACUUUACGAUGCAGGAAUUCCAACCCACGGCUACCAUCACUCCGCAAAAGGCAUCUGCUUCAGAUAUCAGCAUCUCACCCAGCGAUGAGCGCAAUUCGAGCAGUGAUGAUGGCUCCGCUCGCGCCUUGCGCAUUCGGCAGGAUAUCACCGUGACUGUACAGCAUGACGCACGGCCAGACGAUUACAACACGAAUUCUUCGCACGUUACCCGCGCCCGAGAAGAAGUCUAA